AUGGCGCAAAACGCUACGCCGGCGGCGACUUACACGAUGGCUACCGACAAGCAGGGUAGUCGACGCGAGCAGCGGACACCAGAACGUCUCUCGCCGCUCAUACAAUCAAGAGAAACCGGUGAUGUGAUACCAGAGACGCGUACAAUCACCUCAAACCAACCUGUCAAGGCCUUGCCGUUUGCAAGAUCAUGGCACCACAUGGCAGCCGGAGCAAUUGGUGGAAUGACCGCAGCCGCCCUUACCGCGCCUCUCGACGUCCUCAAGACCCGCCUCCAAUCAGAUUUCUACCAAGCCCAACUUCGCGCCGCAAGGCAAGCCCACGCGAACAUGAACCCGAUGCGCGCGGGAAUGUACCAUCUCACCGAGACAAUCCAGAUCCUCGCGUCGGUACCUAAACAAGAAGGCUGGCGCGCGCUCUUCAAGGGCCUGGGGCCGAACCUCGUUGGCGUGAUCCCGGCCAGGUCGAUCAACUUCUACGUAUACGGGAACGGCAAGCGGCUUAUAUCCGAGUACAUGAAUCACGGGCAGGAGGCGUCGUGGGUGCACCUGAGCGCGGCCGUCGUGGCGGGCGUGGCGACCGGGACGGCGACGAACCCGAUCUGGCUGAUCAAGACGCGGCUACAGUUGGACAAGAAUGUCGCGGAACAGGCAGGUGGUGUGGCUAAGAGGCAGUACAGAAACAGCCUCGACUGCAUACGGCAGGUAUUCCGGACAGAGGGCUUUCGCGGCUUCUUCAAGGGCUUGAGCGCGAGCUACCUGGGCGUCACCGAAUCAACGGUGCAGUGGGUUCUGUACGAGCGGCUGAAGAAGUCGCUUAGGCACCGCGAGGAAAGGCUAGUGGCGAGCGGGCGCGAGUGGAAUUGGUGGGAUCACUUUGUGGACUACACAGGCAAGGCGGGUGCGGCGGGCGGCGCAAAACUGUUCGCCGCCGUGCUCGCUUAUCCGCACGAGGUCGCCAGAACGCGGUUACGACAAGCGCCGAUGGCGAACGGGCGGCCGAAAUACACGGGCCUGAUCCAGUGCUUCAAGCUCGUGUGGGUGGAAGAGGGCCUUGUGGGCCUGUACGGCGGGCUGACGCCGCAUCUCAUGCGGACGGUGCCAAGCGCUGCAAUCAUGUUUGGCAUGUACGAGGUCAUCCUCCGCUUCCUGGAAACUCCCCAAGACGAGGGGAUCGUGACAGGAGGGCACGAUAAGCAUUGGUUGGUGUACAUGAAAAUUGUCGAUAUGGUUGAGCCUCUCGUCCUAUAUGUAAACAUCAACCCCAAUGAGCGACCACAGGCCGGCGGCCCGCCGGGUGUCAGAAAUGAGAUCUGCUACGAGCAGCCGAGCGAGCCGUACCGGUUCCUCAACAGUGGGCAGAUUGACAUGGAGACCCUGGCGGCUGCAUGUCAUGUAUCAUAA